GCUCCUCAUCAUGACAAUAAUGGGCUAAACCUAUGAAACUAAUCACUUUCUCCUACGAUGUCUGAUGAAGUGACCUAUGCAACGCUUAUGCUUCAAGAUUCUGCGAGAGUGAGAAGUAAUCAAGAUGGAAAUAACCUAAGAAAAGAAGGACACCCAGCUCCAUCCUCCAUUUGGCGAGGAGCUGCCUUGAGCCUGAUGACCCUCUGCCUGUUGCUGGUGACCGGACUAGUGACCUUGGGGAUUAUGUUUUUGCAGAUGUCUAAUGAUACUAACUCAGAUUCAGAGAAGUUGAGUCAACUUCAAAAAAUCAUCCACCCACAGCAGAAUAAUCUGUCUGAGAUAUUGAACAUCUCCUGGAAGGAUCCCACAGAGGAAUCUCUCCAGUCCCAGAUCUCUGCCCUCCUGGAGAGGCAGAAACAGAUGGCUACCAAGCUCUGCAAGGAAUUCCUCAUCCACACUUCUGAUCAUAAGUGCAAUCCUUGUCCCAAGACUUGGCAAUGGCAUGGAAACAGUUGCUAUUAUUUCACAACUCAUGAAGAGAAAUCCUGGAGUGACAGCAGAAAGGACUGUAUAGGCAAGAGUGCCGCUCUGGUGAAGAUUGACAGCAUCAAAGAAAGGGAUUUUCUUCAGUCACAGCCAUCACUCACACCCUCUUUCUUUUGGCUGGGAUUGUCCUGGAACUCAACUGGCAAACAUUGGCUAUGGGAAGAUGGUUCGUCUCCCUCUCCAACCCUAUUUAGCAAUCAGGAGCAUGCCAGAUUCAAUGGAUCUAGAGGGUGCGCUUAUUUUGAAAGAGGGAAUGUCUACAUUUCUCGCUGUAGUGCUGAAAUUUCUUGGAUUUGUGAGAAGACAGCUUCCCUGGUGAAGAUUGAAGAUUUGGAUUAAUCUGACUCUUUUAAGUGUAUUGAAAAGAAAAGGCCUAUUGUAGAUCCAUGCAAGAAAGGAGGAAGCUAUGGUAUUGGAGCCAAAAACUGACUAAAAAGUGACUGUACUUCAACCAUCCCACAGAUAAACUUGCUUCACAGAACAUUCUCCACUUCACUGUCUGACUCUCUGACCGGUGUUCUCAUUACUCGGGUCUUACAAUGAUCCUGAGUACCCAGGGAGAAACAUAUCAUUUCAGUUUCUCUCUGAAUAAACAUUGUUUCUUGCUUUAUUCUUACAUGUUCACAAAACAGACUGGGUGAUAUUUAAAUAUUAGCCACCAGACCAACAUGGACCACCAGAAGGGGGCAAGUUCCAGGAGACUCCUGUUAUAAAGGCUGCCCAAUCACGUACAGGUUUGAAGGAAUCCAAGGUAAAGGGCCUGGGACAGCAGUGCUGUAUUGCUGAAUUGGAAAUACUUUACUGCUUUAAAGAUUGUUUGUCUGAACCCAUUUAGCAGCUAAGUAUCAGCCUCCAGGUGCAGAGUAACUCUACUUUGUCUUUCUAUGAAACUACACUAUCAAUUCUCAUAACCGAUAACCUAGAUGAAAUAGGAUGAACACUGUGUCUUAAUAUUUUCAUCAUUUAUUUACACUAAUAAUAUUCAGGCUAUCAAUUUUGCAGCUGGGUAUUAUCAGAACAAUAAAGAUGUUUAUUAUUUUAAUAUUAA